UAGAGUGACAAAAGACAUGAGCGCAAAACAUGGCGACCCUCUGGUUCAUUAUUUGGAGGGAGAGGAAAGAUCCAGAGGAUCAACAUCAAACUCUCUCUUUCUCUGCUUCAUUACGUAAAACAAGAAAAAAAAAACAUUUUGUGUUGAAGAGAGGAUCGAUGGCGAAGAUUAGAGCGGAUGCUCCGGUGAUGCCUCCGGAGACUCCUCCUCGGAGCAGUGAGGUGGGAGAGAUUGACACGCGUCCUCCCUUCCAAUCCGUUAGAGACGCCGUUAGUUUAUUCCGCCAAGUUAGCUUCUCAAAGCAACAACCACCGCGUCUCUCCUCCUCCUCCUCCUCUCCUCAGGAUGCAACGGAUGUGUUGGAUAAAGAGACGCAGCUUCUGUUAGCAGAACAAGAAAUGGAUAGAGUCAAGCUAUGUCUUGAUGACUCUGUCAAAGCUAAAGCACAAGCUCUCUCUGAUCUCGACUCUGCUCAGCGAAAGGCCGCUGAUUUGAGGGCUAAACUAGAAGCCACAAAAGAAUCUAGUAAAUGUGCCAUAUUGGCCAGACACACCAUGAAUCAACGGUUAGAGGAACUUCAAUGUGAGAACCAAGAAACAGAGAGCGCAAAAGAGAGUUACAUUUUAGUCACCGCAGAGCUGUUCAUGGCGAAGCAAGCUCUCGUGGAAAUAAAACAGCAAUUCAACAUCUCCGUGGAAGAAAGGCUAGCUGAGCUUCAAAAGGCAGAGAAAGCAGAGUGUGCGUCCAUGGUUAACUCCAAAAAGAUCCAAGACAUGUCACAGGAGAUAGCUGAGAUGCGUGACGCUGCUGAGAAAUUGAAGUCCGAUGCUGCGAGGAAGAAAGAUGAAGAGGAGAAGAUUAACGAGGAGAGCAUCGCCGCGGGAGAAACUUACGCGGCUAUGAAACGAGAAGCUGAGCAGAGGCUAGAGGACUUGAGGAAAGAUUGUGACCCUGAACUGAGGAAAGAUAUCGAUGAGCUAGCGGAGAUAUCUGCGGAAAACGAGCGUUUACAGGAGGAGAUUAAGCUUUCUCGUGAACUCAAGGAAGCCAAGAUUGCGAUGCAAGAGAUUAGUGAUGAAGAAAGAUCAUACAAAAGCUUGGUGGGAUCACUCACGGUGGAGUUGGAUGGUGUGCAGAGGGAGAACAGAGAAUUGAAGGCAAAGGAAAAGGAGAGACAAGAAGUUGAAGACGGAGAAUGGGUGGAAGCGAGCCGUAAGGUAGAAGAAAUGAUGCGUGAAGCAGAGAAAACAAGAAAAGAAGCAGAAGAGAUGAGGAUGCUCGUUGAUGAGCUCAGGCGAGAAGCAGCAGCCACGCAUACGGUGAUGGGUGAAGCAGUGAAGCAGCUGGAGAUAGUUGGAAAAGCCGUAGAGAAAGCGAAAACCGCGGAGAAGAGAGCUGUGGAAGACAUGAGAGUCCUUACUGAUAAGAAGGAGAGCUUGACGCAUGACGAGCCUGAUAAGAAGAUCAGGAUAUCACUGAAAGAGUACGAGGAUUUGAGAGGAAAGCAAGAAGAGUCAGAGAGAAUGGUGCAGUAUAAAGCAAAAACUGUUGCUGCUCAGCUGGAAGAGAUCAAAGAGAGCAGAGUAGAAGGGGAGAGAAUGUUGGAGGAGAAGACGAAAGAGAUGGAAGAGGUAAAGUUGGCGAUUGAUGCUGCUUUAAGAAAAGCAGAGAUUGCAGAGGAAGCACACUGCAUUGUUGAUGCUGAACUUAGAAAAUGGAAACCACAAGAAUUGUAG